AUGAGUAAAGCACUAAACAAAAAUCAACAGAACUACUCAACUACUGAAAGAGAAACAUUGGCUGUAAUAACUGCGUUAGAACAUUGGCGAUGUUACCUAGACAAUGGUAAAGAAUUUACAAUAUAUACUGACCAUGCUGCACUUAAAUGGUUUCAGAACUUAUCGAAUCCAUCAGGAAGACUUGCUCGCUGGACUUUACGCUUAUCUUGCUUUAACUUUGUCCUGAAACAUAAAAAAGGAAAGGAUAACGUUGUUCCAGAUUUAUUAUCAAGACAUAAGAAUCAAGAACGUCCUGAUACACGAGAAAUUUCACCUCAAGGCGUACACCCUAUUACGAUUGAAGAACCACCUGAUCGUAAACUUGAGCACUACAACAAGAUUUUUCUCGGAUGCUCCAACAACCCAGACUCAUAUCCCAACUAUACUAUCAGGGAUAACAAACUUUACCGCUGCAUCCAUUCUCCCGAUCGUCUAAACGAUGGCUUUAUUUGGAAAGAAGUUCCACUACCUCAAGAUAGACAUGCAAUUAUUGAAGUUAACCAUGGUUCCCCUUCAGAACUCCAUCUUGGUAUCUUCAAGACAUUCAAGAAAAUAUCUUAA